GCGGCAGCAGCUCCGAGUCUCUCCGGUUCUGCGCAGCGGCUUCAAGCUUCUUCACCGCGUCUAAACCCCCCGGUACCUCCUGAUAGGUACCCAAAAUAAUGUCCCUGACACCCACAGCUCCGGUUCUCUGCUUCAUCUAAAGACUCGCGUCCGUUCAGCCUGAGCUGCAGCCUGCUGAUCACCGCUUGAGUUGCUCUGCCCAGAGGCCUGCGCCGGCCAUGAUGCACAGCAGCCCGGUGGACGUGCCCAGCCCUGGGGGCAUGACUGUGUCGCCCAGUCGCAACGUGGUGCGCAGCUCCAGCGUCAGCGGCACCAUGUACAGCCUGGAGAAAAGCCCGAGCAACACCAGGCCUGAGACCGUGGGGACGAAGAAACGCCGCUCCAGCCUGGGCGCCAAGAUGGUGGCUAUCGUGGGGCUUUCACAGUGGAGCAAGAGCACCAUGCAACUUAACCAGCAAGACGGUACGACCAAGAAGCUGCGCAGUACAAUCAGGAGAAGUACGGAGACGGGGAUCGCCGUCGAGAUGAGAAACCGGGUGACCAGACAGGGCAGCAAAGAGUCGACCGACGGCAGCACUAACAGCAACAGCUCAGAAGGAACGUUCGUGUUUCCCACCGCCCGGCUGGGUCCAGAGAGCCAGUUCAGCGACUUCCUGGACGGCCUCGGCCCCGCCCAGAUAGUGGGACGCCAGACGUUAGCGACGCCUCCAAUGGGUGACGUCCACAUCGGCGUGAUGGACCGGGGAGGCCAGAUCGAAGUGGAGAUCACCCAGGCGCGGCGUUUAACCCCUAAACCGGGCUCAAAGAACAUUCCGGCCACGUACGUGAAGGUGUACUUGCUGGAGAACGGAGCCUGCCUCGCCAAGAAGAAAACCAAAGUGGUGAAGAAAACUCUGGAUCCCACCUACCAGCAAACGCUGCUGUUCGACGAAAAUCCGCAGGGUAAAGUGUUACAGGUGAUCGUGUGGGGCGACUAUGGCCGCAUGGACUCCAAGUGCUUCAUGGGAAUGGCCCAGAUCCUCCUGGACGAGCUGGAUUUGUCCUCUAUGAUUGGUGGCUGGUACAAGCUGUUUCCCACCUCCUCUCUGGCGGAGCCCAGCAUUGGCCAGCUAGCCCGCCGCCUCUCUCAGUCCUCGCUCGAGAGCGCCACCAGCCCGUCGUGCACCUAGACCUAGGGUCUCUGUGAUCCUGUUUUUACUGUUGAUUCAUAAACACACGUGGUUUGUCUGUUACGUUUUAUUAAAAAAACCUACCCUUCACACACACACACUCCUACACACACACACACACCCAUGCGCUUAUUCAUCUGUAGUAGCUUCUGAGAACGGGUCUGUGUGAAAACCUAGUGAUCUCUUUACAUAGACGCGUUUUAAGUCAUCCUACACUCCCGAGAAGAGGGCGUGUCUAAAUUCUUAGAUCCUUUAAAAUGCUCCUACUGAGGCGCCUUAAUUCUGAUCGAUGAUCUGACUGAAUAACGAGGGAGCGUCCGACGUCUCCUCAGCGCUGAAGCAUUCAAUGCGGCACAAUUUUUCGGUACACGGAGGGAGAGACAUUAGCUGGCGUCAGGCUAACUGUGUUUGCUUAGUAAGCUAAAGGUUUUAGGUUUUCACACUGACCCUGAAUGUGCACAGACUGGAAGGAGAUUUGAUUGGUCAGGUGUCUGUAUAUCAAGCUCAUGACUGACACCCAUCGGCCAGUGUUUGGGACACGAGUUUCCACCAUUUUAAUACAAACGAAAUGUAGCAUUUGUACAUUUACACUCUCGCACCCUGUUAAGAACAGAACGGAGCGUCGAUCCGCCCCCGGCUCGUUCCCAUUCUGAGUUUAUUUCGCUUUACUUUCUCUCUCUUUAAACUCUCUAUGCCAAACCUGAUUGCAAAGUUUAUUUUGUAAAACCAAAGCAAUUCUUCUUAUCUGUCGUGUUUGUAAAAUAUGGAUAUGUAGCAGAGUUACGAUGUAGGUAAGAUGCAAAAAAUGAUCUAUCAUAGAUUCAGUCUAAUUUAUACACAAGUCCAGAGUUACUGCUACUUUACUGAGCCCUGGCAGUGCUGCCGGCCUGGCCGGGCAAACCACAGGCGAAAUUUGAGAGGCUGCUUGUGCAACAGUGACCCCUGCUGUCUGGUUAAAGCCCAGUAUGAGUGGCCAGGGAACACGGUACUUACCGGAGGCUCCACGUAGGAAUCCAGUAGACAGAGGUAUGUCUGCGUCACCACUGCUCCUCCUGGCACCGCUCUCCUACUUCUAUCCGGGCUUGGGACCGGCACUGAGAGCGCACUUCAGAUGUUAGCCAAUCAUGUCCAUGCAGGCACUCGACCGGCCGAUAGCACCACUGAGAUUCGGACCCUGGAUGCCCAGAUCUCAGUCGUUCAAGCACAACAUAACCUGUGUGGUAGGUUUUUAUUCUUAUGGACAGUGACAGUAAUUCUGGACUGUACUUCCAUCGACACUCACCCACAACGUAACGGGCAGGGCUCAACUUCAGCAGUCAGGUUCUAUAACGCACACGAACAUAUCUGUAACGUACAGUAGCAUAAAUGUACAGCGACCGAGCGGAGGUUUAAAUAUAAAUAUAAAUAUACAGAUAUAAAUAUAU